GGACUGGAAGACCCGCGUCCCCUUCUUCUGACGUCAUCCGCCCUCUUCACGUGGUGUUUUCCUCAGCAUCAUGGCGGCGGGGUUCAAAACUGCAGAGCCUCUGGAGUAUCACAGGAGCUUCUUGAAAGAAAACUGCAGGCCAGAUGGCAGAGAACUGGGAGAGUUCAGACCCACAACGUUAAAUAUAGGUUCGAUUGGAACAGCUGAUGGUUCAGCAAUGGUGAAAAUUGGAAACACUACAGUGAUCUGUGGCAUAAAAGCAGAACUAGCCGCGCCGCCCUCAGAUGCUCCUGAUAAAGGAUAUAUUGUUCCGAAUGUAGACCUGCCUCCACUCUGCUCGUCCAGAUUUCGGCCGGGGCCACCAGGAGAGCAGGCGCAGGCCGCCAGCCAGUUCAUCGCUGACGUCAUUGAUGGCUCUAAAAUAAUAAAGAAGGAAGAUCUUUGCAUUGAGAAGUCAAAGCUGUGCUGGGUCCUGUACUGUGAUAUCAUGUGUUUGGACUAUGAUGGAAAUGUACUGGAUGCGUGCAUCAUAACUUUACUGGCAGCAUUAAAGAACACCCAAAUUCCUAAAGUCACAAUUAACAAAGAAACAGACUUGGCUGAGGUUGAUAUUGAGCACAAGAGGCAUCUACAGAUCAAUAAGCACCCUGUUUCCUCCUCAUUUGCAGUAUUUGACGAUACGGUGAUCAUAGUGGACCCGACAGCAGAGGAGGAAAGCCUGGCUACAUCAGUAAUAACUGCAGUGGUGGAUGAAGACGAUCAGCUUUGUGCUUUUCACAAACCAGGAGGCAGCUCCUUAUCAGCAGAGAAGCUUCAGGACUGCAUAACCCGCUCUGUGACACGGCACCGAGAGGUUGGCAAACUCAUCGACAAAGUCCUCGAGAGCACAAAGGCAUCAAAAUAAAUGCAAGCAGACGUGUUUUAUCUAAAAGUUGUAUUUUUCACUGUCAAUAUAUAUUUUCUUUUUUUUAUCACAAUAAAACUGCUGACAAAGACCAUUUACAAAA